AUGGCCAAGAGAGCUAGAGAGCAGAAUCGCCAUGGGACGCGCAAGAUGGCUUUCAAUAGUGUGUCCCAUGAUGACUUUUUUCCUUUCGCAGUGGAAGUUUCGAGAUCGUAUUGGAAGUGCUUGUUGUCUCGUGGAAAAAUCACCAUUAUCAUGAACCUCUUGGGUCUAUUCAUUGGCUUUGUUCUACUCUCUUUCACUCAGCUACAGACUCUAGUGGGUGCGGGGCAACUGGAUGCGUUCUCAAAUUUCCAACUAGAAUUCAAGCUGUCUAACGAGCAAGGAAGAAUCCGGCUCAACUUGCAACCAAGUCGCAACAUUGUUUCUCCCCUCACAGAAGUUCGGUAUCUCAGACCUGGAGAGAAAAGUGGUUCUCUUGAAAAACCUCUGGAGAGCUCUACACUUCUUUUCAAAGGAGAUGCGAUUGUCUCGGACGAUGGAGGUCGUACAUGGCGGAAAGCUGGAUGGGCACGAAUUAUCAUUCGACCCCAAAUCCAACCGCACUUAUUCGAGGGCGCCUUCAGCUUGGAUGGCGAUCACCACCAUGUCUCACUGGAUUCAAACUAUCGGAAAACACGGCUUGCCCAGGAUCCAACACUCCCCGAAUCAGCCUCUCCGUAUAUGGUGGUCUGGAGUGAGUCAAAUAUGGUCGAAAACAGAUAUGAUGGUGGAAUCUCCCAACGAUCUGUAUCGACUGAAUCCCCAUGCGCAGCAGAAGUAUUCGGUUCGCGACCGCAGGACAACAGUGCACAGCGCAAUUCACCAGGAAAUGAAGACGACCAAUGGACCAAUUACACCAUGACGAGCCAUAGGCGACAACAAGGUGGUUUCAAUCCGAUCGAUACAAUAGGAUCCACGGACGGCUGCCCAACGACCAGAGUAGUCGCGCUGUUAGGAGUCGCAGCCGAUUGCACAUACACCGCAGGGUUCGAUUCUUUGGAAGACGCUCGGGCAAACAUCAUCUCUCAGGUCAACAUUGCAUCGCAGAUAUACGAAGACACUUUCAAUAUCUCCCUUGCGAUAAGAAAUCUGACCAUCAGCGACGCCUCCUGCCCAACUGGCUCCACAGAGUCAACGCCAUGGAACAUCCCUUGCAGUGCGAACGUUGACGUCUCGGGUCGCCUGGGCUUAUUCUCGAACUGGAGAGGCACGGUUCGCGACAGCAAUGCCGCAUGGACACUACUCACCACGUGUAGUGCUGGGUCAACUGUCGGAAUGGCCUGGAUUAACAGUAUCUGCCGCAGAGGAUCUAGAUGGGGAGGGACUGCUGCGUCGACGAACGUCGUCGUUCGGACCAGUUCUGAAUGGCAGGUCAUGGCCCACGAGUUGGCCCAUAACUUCGGCGCGGCACACGACUGCACAUCAAAUGACUGCAGUUCUUCAGGUGGCGCUCAGGAUUGCUGCCCGCUUAGCGAGUCUUCCUGUAGUGCUGAAGGCCGGUACAUUAUGAAUCCCUCGGUUGGUCAGCGAAUCAGGGAAUUCUCACCAUGCACUAUCGGUACGAUUUGUACCUCAUUUGGUCGAGGACUGAUAGACACAAGCUGUCUGGUCAGCGAAGACGAUGCCCCGGACAUCAACGACAGUCAAUGUGGUAACGGCAUUGUCGAGCCCGGCGAGUCGUGCGACUGUGGCAGUGCGGAAGAGUGCGCAACGAAUUCCUGUUGUAAUCCUUCUACAUGCCAGCUGUUACCGAAUGCGGCAUGCGAUCCGGCAAUCGACGCCUGCUGUACGGAACAAUGCCAGAUAGCUAGCAGAGGCCUUGUCUGCAGGGAGAGCAGUGGUAUCUGUGAUCUUGAGGAGACGUGCGACGGUACAUCGAGUCAAUGCCCCGUGGAUGAACAAGAUUCCGACUCAUGUGGUGACGAUGGAGGGAACUCACGAGAUAAUGAAUCAAGCGACAACAAUGGGGGAGGGAGCGUGGGGAGCUGGUUUGACGAUAAUAGGACAGUGGUUAUUGCUGUUUCAGCCUCUGCAGCGGAGGAGAAAGAUUGA